AUGUCUUCCCGUACUGCCAGCAGAACUCUCCGCGCCGCAUUGAAGCAGGCUCAGCGCCCCGCUGUCCAGCAGCAGCGCACUUACCUCAGCGCUGCCCUCAACGCUGCUCGCACCACUGGUGUCAAGCAGCUCCCCAGAGCUUCCGUUGCUGCUCAGCAGGUUCGCGGUGUCAAGACCGUUGACUUUGCUGGUGACAAGGAGCAGGUCUUCGGUAAGAUUGACAUCCAAUUGAUCGCAAUGCGAGCUGUAUCUGACUUUCUUCCCANNGAGCGCUCUGACUGGCCCCGUGAGAAGCUCCUUGAGUACUUCAAGAACGACACCCUUGCCCUCAUCGGUUACGGUUCGCAAGGUCACGGUCAGGGUCUCAACCUCCGUGACAACGGCCUGAACGUCAUUGUCGGUGUCCGAAAGGGCGGUGCCUCAUGGAAGGAGGCCGAGCAGGAUGGCUGGGUUGAGGGCAAGAACCUCUUCGACAUUGACGAGGCCAUCACCAAGGGUACCAUCAUCAUGAACCUCCUUUCCGAUGCCGCCCAGUCAUCGACCUGGCCUCACAUCAAGCCCCAGCUCACCAAGGGCAAGGUACGCCAUUCUACUCUCACAGCAAUUCUGCGCAUAUCACUGACCAUCCCAACAGNNACUCUCUACUUUUCCCACGGUUUCUCGCCCGUCUUCAAGGACCAGACCAAGGUCGAGGUCCCUUCUGACAUCGAUGUCAUCCUCUGUGCCCCCAAGGGUUCCGGCCGUACCGUCCGCACUCUCUUCAAGGAGGGCCGUGGUAUCAACGCCUCCGUCGCCGUCUUCCAAGACGUCACUGGCAAGGCCGAGGAGAAGGCUGUCGCUCUCGGUGUCGCCGUCGGUGCUGGUUACAUGUACAAGACCACCUUCGAGAAGGAGGUCUACUCUGACCUUUACGGUGAGCGUGGUUGCUUGAUGGGCGGUAUCCACGGUAUGUUCCUCGCUCAGUACGAGGUCCUCCGUGAGCGCGGCCACUCUCCCUCCGAGGCCUUCAACGAGACUGUCGAGGAGGCCACCCAGUCCCUUUACCCCCUGAUCGGUGCCCACGGUAUGGACUACAUGUACGCCGCCUGCUCCACCACCGCCCGUCGCGGUGCCAUCGACUGGAGCGCCCGCUUCAAGGACGCCCUCAAGCCCGUCUUCGAUGACCUUUACACCUCCGUCCAGACUGGUGAGGAGACCCGCCGCACCCUCGAGUACGCCUCGCAAGCCGACUACCGCGCCAAGUUCGAGGCCGAGAUGGAGGAGAUCCGCAACCUCGAGAUCUGGCGCGCCGGCAAGGCCGUCCGCAGCCUCCGUCCCGAGAACGCUUAA